AUGGCUUAUCGAGGGAGAAAAUCAUGUGAGUUUGACAAACUCCAGAAGGAGAACUCACAGAUGAAGAGCGUCAUCGAAAACCUGAGGAAGCAAAACAUGGCUUUAAACCAACGGGAUGACCAGAACAAGUUUUCAAGUUUUGGCUAUCAGGAGAGCUACCCAAUCGCAGAGGGCCAUCGUGGCUUCAUCAGUGAUGCCAGACUUCUGCAGAUGCAGAGAGCUGAGAGAGAGGCCAUGGAAGCAAAGCAAAGAAAGAUAAGUGCUAUCCAUGAGAAUUAUGUCCGGACUGCUCUCAUCGGUGUUGACAGCACCUUCGCGCACCACUUCGUCCCCUCUAUUCAGUGUAUUCCGAGGCCGAAAGCUCCACCGAGGCCUUUGCCACGAAGGCUUGAGCCCAUAGCUCUGGCCCCACUGAAGAAUGUGGUGGGGGUGGACGGAGCCCAAUCAUUCAGCAGCAGUAGCGUGUGGCCUGUUCCCGUCCCUCCCACUGCAGCUCCUUCCAAGAGGGGCAAGAAGAAGAAGGGCAGGCGGGGAGUCAAAGCCCUGAAAGUCCAGUCGGACCAGGGCUGUGCUGACAACAACGGACCCAUUGACCUGAUGGAGGAGGUGAGAGACAUCGAGGCUCACCUGAAGGAGGAGGACUGGAAGGUGGUACAUGAGGUGAAGGCCAUGGGCAGGAGAAGUUUGGGCUCGGCCAUGUCCACGGGGGAAAUAGCCACCAGCUCUCUGGGAAGCCUGAGCUCAGUGGAUAUGAACACCCCUGCGGAGCUCCGUGACUACUUGGAUGUCGGGACCCCGGUCAAGUCGCUUGACAGCCCACCCAGGCCUGCUCCCCCUCCUACCAAGCUCAGGAGCAAACAGACUCAGCCUAUAAGGUUCCUUAGCCUGCCAAAGGCUGCCACCGGCUCAGACAAGAUGGCAGCCAGUGAGCCAAAGGGUCAAAUUAAGAACCAGGCCAGAUUGCAGCCCCUGUCCAACCCAGAGCAGGCCCUGACUAAGACCUUCAAGCUGCUCCACUCUGCCUCUGAUGACUGGGAGAAGAAGAUCGAGGGCUUGACCUUUCUCCGUGUGAUGGCUCAGAACCACAUGGACAUACUGAUGCCUAAACUCCAUGAUAUCUGCCUUGCCAUUAUAAAUGAGGUGAAGAACCUGCGCUCUGCAGUGUCCUGUGCUGCCAUGGCCACACUGGGUGACAUGUACGUCCACCUCAAGACGGCCAUGGACAGUGAGGUGGAGGGGACGGCACGCGUGCUGCUGCACAAAACCAGCGAGGCCAACGCCUUCAUCCGGCAGGGCGCCAACUUUGCCCUGGGUCACAUGUUGCAGAGCUGUACCCCUACACGUGUCAUGAAUGCCCUGCUGAUCGGUGGGCUGAGCCACCGUAACGCUACGGUGAGGAGCUGCACUGCUCAGCACCUGGAGAGACUGGCUGAGGUCAUGGGGACGGCUCGUCUCCUGUUGGGGAAGAAAGACCUCACUGACCGUUUCUUGAUUGCCGUCAGUAAACUGGCUGUGGACCCUUCACAGGAAGUCAGGCAUCAUGGUCGCAAUAUCUUGAGAAACGUGGCCACCAAUGGCGACUUUGCUAAAAUGUGGGACAAAUUCGCUCCGAGGAAAGAACGAGAAUCCUUGAGGGAGGUCAUCUCAAAGGUUAACCUCAAAGAAAGGAAUAUCUGAAUAAUCCCCAACUUGACUAUAUAUUUGUAUCUAAAUAUUUGCACAUUUCCCAACUUGACUAUUAUCCCCUCCAGUCCCCAAACUCCAAUAUUUUCGUUCAUUCUAAGAAAUGUGACACUAUCAUCCAACCCCCCAUGUAAAUGCAUCUUUAAACUGCAUUGACUCCUUGUCCAAGUCCUGAAUAAGGCAAUAUGAACCACAUUCAAAGCACUAAAUUACCUUUCCCCGAAGCUCCGAUCUGAUCUACCAGCACAAUAGUGGUCAACUGAAACCAUACUCACCAUCUCAGGGGGUGCUCAGAUCAUCAACCACUGACCUCCACACCAUCCUCAAAACCAGCAGUCCUCUUUUGGAGACAGAUUGGUCAGUGCUCCUGUAUGGCACCAACAUUGUGGAUUUUCAUCCAAUACUCUGGACUAUGAGAACAUUCUUUGGACAAUAAAAUUAGGUAAAAUGGAAGCUGGCUACAGUCUCAGUUUUAUCCUCCAAGACAGUGUGAGGAUGUGUAACAACAAUACCUGUGGUUUAACUUGAUGAUCAGGGCCAGCUUACCGAAUGGGUACGCAGGGAACCUGCCCUGUGGGCCCCGACCUCCAGGGAAUAUCAUCAUAACAUCCAAAAUGAAAAGUUUUGUGGAUGUAUAUUACAGUACGUGGACGUUUUACAAUUCGUGAGCUCGUUUCAUAGUUUGUAUCCAUGUUUUAUAUAAAUUUGUGCAUAUUUUGUAGAAAUUCCUGAGCAUUUAAACAUUUUUAGUGGG